AUGCACCACUACUGGGUGAAAGAAGCAGGCGAUCCUGAGGCAAUCGGCGAGUACUUUCCCACAGGCGAUGAGCGCAACGGUGUUCCGCUGUACCAGAAUCAGAAUGGCUUGGUCUUGAGCCGAGAAGCCCAUGGGUCGCCGGAGGUGUAUAGCUGGGUCAUUGGCAGCGUAUCCGAGCGACGGCCGCUCUACGGUGUGAAAAGCGAUGAUCUCUCGGCCCCGACUUUGGGUUGGCAGGCCUUUACAGCCCCUGAGCCUGUACCUGUCAUACGCUACUUCUCCAAGGCACAAGCAGCAUGCGUCCGCUUCGUGCGGAGUUGUGUCACAAGCAGAAGUUGGAGAUACCAAUGUGGAACUACAGCGAUCUACAAUCCAAAAGCAAAGGAGCUCACUACGUUUGCUUCCCAAAUCUUCCGAAGGGAAAUGCUUCUCAUCAUGUCAUUUAGCUGA